UACCUUCUCCCCAGUCUAACCUCUCCCCAACUUACCCCCUCCCCAAGCCUACCCCCUCCCCAGCCUGACCUCUCCCCAUCCUACUCCCUCCCCAGCCUACCCUCUCCCCCCACCUACUUACCUACCCCUAGUCUACCCUCCCCUCAGCCUCCCUCCCCCAGACUACUUCCUUCCCCAGCUUGACUUAUCCCAGGCCUUCCCUCUCCCCAGCACUCCCUUCUUCCUCCACCUACCUCUCACCUCCUCGGUUAUCUCUCUCCUAGCUUGCCCUCUUCCCCAGGCUGUAUCCUCCUCUCCCCACCCUGCUUUUCCUUACCUUGCAUACUCCCCAGCCUCCUCAUCCUCCCCCAGUCUCACUCUUCCCCAGUUUACCAUUCCCCUAACCUACUUCUGCCACUUCUUUCAUCUCUCCCCAACUUUGCCCUUUCCUCAACCUGCUAAUAUGCCUACUCCUCCUCCUCGUCCUCCUCCUCCUCCUCCUCCAGCCAUACCCCUCCCCCCAGUUCACCCCCAGGCUACCCCUCUUCCAGGUGAUCGUACGUCAGGCCUGCUCAUCCCUCAGCCUACUCAUCUACUAAGCUGAAAAUCCACUCCCCAGGCUGCUCGUCUCCCCAGCUUAUUCGUCUGUGUCCAAGCCUGUUCAUCCCCCAGCCUGCCCCUCCGCCAGCUUGCCUCUCCCCAGCUUCCACAUAUACCUAUUCGUCCUCCUCCUAGUCUUCCCCAACAUUACCUUAUCCUCCAACUUACUCAGCUCUCCCCUAGCCUGUCUGUUAAUCCCCAAGGUUGGUUAAUCCCAAGUCAAUUCCACUGGCAAGUCGGACAAUUAUCACUUCCUCUACCCUCUUAGUACCUUAAUCUACCUUCUCCUCCUCUUGGUCCCCUUUCUCACCUCACUGCCUACAGCCUCUUAAUUCCCCUGUCUACCUGUUCCCCAGACUAGUUCACCCCAGGGCAAUUCAACAAGUCAGGAACACUGUACUCAUAUCUGUCAAUACCAUAAUACAGCUUCUCUUCAGCCUAGUUCAUCCCCAGCUUAUCCCCGCGGCCUCCAGAUAGUUGUACCUCAGUCCGGCUUUGCGCUAGUCCUCUUCAUCUGCAGCCUGCCCUUUCACCCCGGCCCUUACGCAACACGAGGCACCAAUGACUGUGUUCCAUCCGUCACCCAACCAUAUACACAAACGGCACUCGACCUUUCCUUCCACUCAGUAACCCUUCCUCAUGUUACCCUUCCUCGCAGCCAGCCAGCCAGUCAGCCAACAUUCCGGUCAGCCACUUCACCAGCCAACCAAGACAUCUAGAUAGUUGCAAGUUCUCCAGUGAAGCAUCGAGUCUAGCUGCCUGGCCACCGCUCAGCUUAUCUCUUCCGCUACGUGACCUCAACGAUGGACCACGGCAAGAACUGACCCCCAGAAGCUCUCCCAGACCCCGCCACAAACACGAGCCGCCCCCCAGCUCCCCCUCACACUCCACGCCACACUCACGCCGAUAUUCGCUACCACUUGGAGCUGCAUCACCACUAAGAGCUCCACCACCACCACCACCAGUUUCAGCACCAGUUUCAUCACCUCCUCCAGAGGUUUGAUAUACAAGAGGCCAGGGCAGCAUUGUGUUACACCUCGCCUGGUUCUCGGUCCCCAGCCAGGCAGAAGGAUCUCCAUCAAGACCUCAAUGGAAGGGGACCACCACUAGGGCACCGAGGGACCACAAUCACCACAGGAGGCACCAAAGAGAUGCUGAUGAACCCUUUGGAGACACUUGAAGGACUGGGAUUUCACUGCUAAGACCACAAAGCACUCCUGUCUUCCUCUCCCUCCUCCUGUGACACAAAGACCUCUGACGGCACAAAAUGGAGGCUGAUAAGACAAUAUGAGACCCUUGAAAGUCCACUGCUGAGACCUUUAAUCGCCCCUCCCGUUUUCUCACUACUCAAGAAAAAGACCACGAGAGUCACCACAGAGGCUGCCAAGAAUAACGAAGACCUGAUAAGACCUCUCAGAAACCACAAUCUCCAUGGCAAGACCUUAAAGCAACUCUCUCUAUUCCUCCUCCUCCUCCUCCUUAGUAACCACAAGGCCUUUGAAAGACCCACAAGGCCUUUCAGAGACCCCUGUAACCCUGCCAAGACCUCUGAAUAGCCUUGUCUCUAUCUAUUUUUCCUCCUCCUCCUCCUCCUCCUCCUCCUCCUCCUCCUCCUCCUCCUCCUCCUCCUUCUCCUCCGCAAGAGUGCCAAUAUGGAGGACCCGCCCGUAGCGUGUCAGGGUCGACCUAACAUGAGAAAAAAUUAGCGACCGGCGUGUUAUCUCCCCGCUCCUUUCUUGUGGCGGCAUGUGGGCGUGGCUGUGGGCGGCGGCGAGCGUGUGGGCGUGGGCGGGGUCUGCCACGCCACCCGCCCCCUCCCGCAGCAGUAACGUAGUGGCGGAAGUCCCUGGCCUCGAUGUGGGUCCGUUGGUCGCUGUGAGUGUAGGAAGAGGCGACACAGCCACACUCCCCUGCCAGUACCCGCCACACCAGAAUGACACUGCCGAUUUAGUGCUCUGGUACCUCAACAACACCUCGAGGCCCUUCCUCAGCUUCGACGCCCGCACGGACCACAUUGACGGAUCAUCCAACGCCGUCCUCAGCAGGCGAAGCAGAAACGCCACCAACCAGCAGGCAUCCAGUCACAUCAGGCGGCGGAAAAGCAGAUCCGUCAGUAGAAGCAGGUGGAGCAGGAGCGUCAGCAGGGAAGCGGAGGGGCCUUUCAGCAGAUACAUGAGCCUGGAACCGCACGUCAGCAGGCACAGGAGGGAGGCGAUCAGCAGGUGUAAAUUCCAAGUCCUCAGCAGGUGUCGGGGGAGGCGCGGCAGCAGGAGAAGGAAGCAGCAGACAAGGAGAAACAGGAGGAAAAGCAGGAGCAUCACCCAUACCCGUAACACCAUUUGGGGACGACCACCACCACCACCGCCACCACCACCACCAACGAGGAACAGAUGGAGUAGAGCAGCUGUCAGCAAGCACAGGCGAACCACCACCACCACCAUCACCACCGCCACCACCACGGCAUCAGACGGCAAUAUAGACAGGAGAGCAAACGUGAUCAGCAACGGCGGAGUUGAGGGAGGGACCGGCGGCAGCAAUCACGCCAGCAGUGUCAGCAAAAGCAGCGACCAUGAGGGGGGGGUGAGCAAGGAGGAUUUGAGCAGCGGCAGGGUGCGGCUGGAGCGAGGCGGGUCGGUGCUGGUGGUGGAGAAAGUGACGCUGGAUGACACGGCUGAGUACCGCUGCCGUGUCCACUACCGACUGUCACCCACUUGGACCCAGCGCCUCCUCCUCAGUGUGCAAGAAACAGUGACGGGCCUCGAGAUCCUAGACUCCUCAGAGCGUCCGGUGCGCGCAGGAUCGGCCUUAGGACCCUUCACGGAGGGACACCACCUGAGGCUCUCCUGCAGGGCCCAACACGGAGGCGCGAAGGUGGAGUCCUUGGUGUGGCUGGUGGACGGGGUGAAGCAUGAGUCCUCGUGGGCGGUGGGCGGCGCGGGCGUAGUUAACAACGUGCUAGAGAUUGGCAACCUGUCCCCUCACCACCACCACGCCCGCCUCACCUGCCGCCUCACCACACACGCCCACAAACACGUCGCGGCCAACAUCACCGACGUGUCUGUCACCGUCACUAUGUACCAUGUGCCUGAAGCCAAGAUCACUGUGGAGGGAGGUCAGGUGGUGAGGAGCGAGGAGGGGGGUCACAUGGCCACCGAGGGGAGCGAUGUGACCUUUCUUUGCACCGUGACAGCCCAUCCCCCCGCCUACAACGUGACCUGGCUCCACAAUGGGAAAGUUGUGGGCGAGGGAGGACGCAGGUGGCGGAAGGACGAGAGGCGGCUACAGGUGGCCCCGGUGAGGAGGGAAGACGCCGGACUCUACACCUGCCUCGCAUCGAACUCAGAGGGCGAUGGACACUCCAACGCCCUCCUUCUGCGCGUUGCCCGUCCGCCGCAGUGCCGUGAAGCAGGGGAGAAGCGAGUGAGAGCCGCCGUCAACGCCUCCGUCACCCUCUCCUGCACCAUGGACGCCUUACCCGCCAACCUCACCUUCACCUGGACGCAGACACUCCCCCCGCCUGACCCCGCGACCCCACACCUACGCGGCGGGGUCAUAACAGGCGAAGGACCCCCGCUCCGCCACCCCGAACUGAUUGAUCUCACCCCCGGACACCCGCAGGAGGGGGAGGAAGGGGAGGAAGGGGUCGGGAAGGGGAAGAUCCUGCCCCAUCAGAUCAGCCCCACGGACCCCCUCACCUCCACCGUGGCCCUUCCCGCCCUCGCGCCCGCCCACGUGUUUUGCUACGCCAGGAAUUCGGUGGGACGGACGACCAUUCCCUGUUCCUUCACCCUGACUCUUGUGGAACCGCCUCAGCCAAUCCGGGACUGCAACGUCACCAUCAUCGGCGUGACCCGGCUGGAGGUCAAGUGUCACGAUCUGGCGCCCAAGGAACGUGACCCCGACCACCUGACGCAGCUCAACCUCGACCCUGACCUCAGCUACGUUAGGUCACCCGAGGUCAAGCCCAGCGCUAAUAUGGAGGUGUGGUCUGAGGGGACGCUGGUGGCCAACGUGAGCAGUCUCCGGCCUGAGAUGAGCGUGAGUGGCCUGCCCCCCAACACGCCAUACAGGUUACUCCUCUACGCGAUAACCCCCGAGGCGCGCUCUGCCCCCCUCGUCCUCCACGUCCGCACGGGACGCCCCCUUCAUCACGCCACGGAUCACCCGAGAAUGGCGCCUGACCCCGGAUCGGUGCCCCAGCACGAACCGGAGGGAGGGGACAUCACGGGGGGCGGCGGCGGACCAGGGGGGCUAUGGGAGAACCUAGGGGGGGUGGGGGGUAUCGUGGGGGGGCUUCUGGGGGGGAUGGGCGUGGUGAUGCUGCUGCUGACGAUAGUGGUAGUGAUGGUGAGGCAGAGGAGGCAGCGGCACGUAGAAGGGAGUGUGGUGGGGGGUGAUGGGGGCGGGGGAGGGAGGGGGGCGGACGUUCCUAGUCAUGACCCCCCCUCCCGCUCCCUCGCACGUGACCCCCACUCCGCCAGUCACUCCAGCCUCAACGCGGACCCUCGAGACUCAGGUUUUAAAUGCAUCCCUAGUGUACUGCGUGAGGGCCGGGGAGGGGAGACCGGCGGACCCCUGGCAAGAGACCUCCCUCACUCCCCUCGUGGCUCACUCCAUCCCCCUCACCCCGCCCCCCGGACACCAGAUGUCGCCGGGGCCGCCGCAGGACACUCUGGCAGGUGACAUCAAGUGAGGCAGGUGUGACGCUCCCCCCACCUGGAUGACGUCACGGGAAGGCUGGCGUAAGAUGCGUCACCAGGAUGUGUGGCAGGGAAAGUCACCCAAAAGCUCCCCCUUCACCACCCACUCCGUGCUGUACGUGGGCAUGGUGGACGGGCAUCACGACCUCGCUGCCUCCGUGUCCCCCUGAACGAGUGGAACAGUGGCGGGACUACAUGUGUCACCGGGUAAUGAGGAGGAAAAGUCACCAACCACCCGACUCACCAACCGGCUCGUACUCCAUGUGAAAGGUGAUGGAAGGGUAUUAAGACCUGGCUGCUUCUGUGCCCCCCCUGAACGAGUGGAACGGUAGCUUAACAACUUGCGUCGCCAGGUAUUGAGGAAGGGAAAGUCACCAACCACCCGACUCACCAACCUCCUCGUACUCCAUGUGGAAGGUGGUGGAAGGGUAUUAAGACCUGGCUGCUUCUGUGCCCCCCUGAACGAGUGGAACGGUAGCUUAACAACGUGCGUCGCCAGGUACUGAAGAAGAGAAAGUCACCAAUCACCCGACUCUGUACUUUUAUGUGGAGGUGGAGAAAAGGCAUCACGAUCUGGCUUCAGCAGUCUCCUGAGCGAAGGAAAAUGUGGAUGUGUGACGGAACUACAUGGAUCACCAGGUUUUGAGGAAGUGAAAGUCACCACCCACCCGACUCACCACUCGUUUUGUGCUCUUACGUGGAGGUGGUGAAAGGGUAUCAAGAUCUGGCUUCACCAAUCUCCUGAACAAGUGAAACUGUGUAAGUGUAACGUAACUCUAUACAGCACGUCAGCGGGUGAUCUUGAUUCUGGGACAGUCUUACCAAACACACCAUUCAUAACACUGCCUAAGAACUCUAUCUGGGAAUGGCGGAAGGGUACCACGAUCUCAACGCUUCGAACUCCCCUUCCGAACGAGUGACACUGUGGCAUAACUACCACAAUGCGUCGCCCAGGUAAUGAGGAAGGGAAACUCUCCUGUCACCUCACUCGUCCCUCUCCGAACUCUAUGGAAUGAGGGGCGUGGAAUGGCCUCAGGGUCUGGCUGCAUCCCUCUCCCCCUGAAUGACCGAAACUGACUCUGAGCUUCUCAUGAUACCUCUCACUCCACUACGAACCAUUGUGAAACGUGUCGAAACUUUGAACCUUUUGUGUGACAUCCUCUGUAUAGCUCCGUUCUUUCUCUCUCUCUCUCUCUCUCUCUCUCUCUCUCUCUCUCUCUCUCUCUUCAUUCAUUUUCCCCUCCCUUCCGUCUUUUCUCUCUGUCUUCCAUAUUCUCCACUACUUCCUCUUUUUCUUCCUUGUCCAAUCCCCUUCCCCUUCUCCUCCUCCUCCUCCUCCUCCCUACCAAUUCUCGUGAGCUUUCAAAAUCUGUGAACAUCUCUGGAUAUCUCUAAAGAAAAUACCUUUAUAAACCUCAUGUGGUGUUAUGUAAUAUAUAUAUACACAUUAUUAUUUUUAUUGUUUUGUAAUAAAGGUUCUUUACAUAUUUAG